CCUAUAAAUGAGAUCUGCGCUCAACUCGACUGUGCAGAAACCUGCAGAGCAGCAUCAUCAGCAGCAGCAGCAGCAGCAGCAGCAGCAGCAUCAGCAUCGCCCUCCUCAUACCCACCCAGGAGUUUCCUGUCCUCACCAGGCCCUGAGCACUAUGACAUCCCCCAAACAGUUUGAGAAUGCAGGAAAGACACCCGGUCUGCAGGUGUGGCGGGUGGAAAAAAUGGAUUUGAAACCCAUCCCUAAGGAACUCUACGGAGAGUUCUUCAGUGGAGACUCGUACAUCGUGCUCUACACCUCCGAGUCUCUUUCCCACAGCAUUCAUACAUGGAGCGGUGAGGAUACCUCCGUGGAUGAGAAGAUGGGUGCUGCCGUCUUCAUGGUUCAGCUGGAUUGCUUCUUUGGUGGCAAACCAAUACAAUGCACUGAGCUUCAAAAUGAAGAAUCUUCCACCUUCUUGGGUUACUUCAAGCCUGGAGUCAGAUACAAGAAAGGUGGCGUCGCCUCAGGGUUACAACAUGUGGUGACCAAUGUGAGUACUGUAAAGCGCUUGCUGCAUGUUCAAGGUCGCCGUAACAUCAGAGCCGCAGAGAAGGACCUGAGCUGGAGCAGCUUCAACAGUGGAGACUGCUUCCUCAUUGACCUGGGAACGGAUAUCUACCUGUGGAGUGGAAGUAAAAGCAAUCGCUUCGAGGCCCUGAAAGCCACUGAGGUGGCCAAGGAGAUACAGAGCAACGAACGAUGUGGACGUUGUGAUAUACACAGGAUAGAGGAAGGCGCUGAGCCAGAAGCUGUCAUUAAACUGCUUGGACCAAAGCCUGAACUCCCAGAAAGCUCUUGUGAUGUUGCUGUUGAUGCUAAGAAUAGAGAGAUUGCUGCUCUCUAUUUGAUAUCUGAUGCUGCCGGCUCCAUGAAGACAGCUCUAGUGGGUGAAAAAAACCCAUUCAAACAAGAGAUGCUCUCCAACAGUGAUUGCUACAUCUUGGAUAAUUUUGGAAAUCACAAGAUAUUUGUCUGGAAAGGUAAGAACGCAAAUAUGGAUGAGCGUAAAGCGGCGCUGAGUGCUGCAAACAAGUUCAUCAAAGACAAGGGUUACCCCUCAACUACCCAGGUCCUAAUCAUGCCAGACGGUGGGGAGGAUGCCCUUUUUAAGCAGUACUUCGUCAACUGGAUAGAUAAAUAUGAGACUACAGGCCCGUGCCAAACCUUCAGCAUGGGUCGCAUUUGGGGGAAGGUGAUCCCCUAUGAUCCCUCCACGGUACAUGAGAACAAGGACAUGGCUGCCCAGCAUGGUAUGGUGGAUAAUGGCUCUGGAAAAGUCCAGAUUUGGCGUGUGGAAGGAGGGAACAAAGUACCUUUGGACCAAUCCAGUUACGGACAGUUCUUUGGAGGUGACUGUUACCUGGUGUUGUACACAUACUCCACUGGAGGCAAGGAGAAGAAUAUCAUCUACGCCUGGAAAGGAGAGAAGUGUACCCUGGGUGAAUUCCCUGCUUCAUCCUUGAUUAAAGAUUGCUACGAUGGAGUUGCUACACAGGUCUGUGUCAGUCAGGGCCAAGAACCAGCUCAUCUCGUGAGCAUCUUCAAGAAGCCUCUGGUCAUCCACCUGAGUGGAUGCAAGGGUGGCAAGGACAAGCCUGCCAGCAACCAGCGGCUCUUCCAUAUCCGCCAGAGCUCCACCAAAGCCACCCGGGCUGUUGAGGUGAAGCCCAAUGCCUCCUCUCUGAACACUAAUGACGUGUUUGUGCUGAAGUCACCCAAGUCCAUGUUCACAUGGGUGGGAAAAGCAGGAACUCCAGAACAGGAGGAGGCAGCUGAAUAUGUUGUCACUCUGCUUGGAGGAACUGCCACUCGCGUGGCAGAGACCAAGGAGCCGGAUGAUUUCUGGAGAGCACUGGGUGGAAAUAAAGAAUACCAGACUUCACUGACCCGGCAGGAAACAGUCAAGGCUCCUCGACUGUUUGGUUGUUCAAACAAGACUGGCAGCCUGAUAAGAGAUGAGGUGUCAGGCAAUUUCACACAGCAGGAUCUGGCAACUGAUGAUGUCAUGUUACUGGACACCUGGCAUCAGCUCUUCCUCUGGAUUGGAAGGGAUGCCAACGAGAUUGAGAAAACUGGAUCACUCAAAAUUGCCAAAGAAUACAUAGAUACGGACCCCUCUGGCCGUUGCAGUAUCCCCAUCAACAUCAUUAAACAGGGGGAGGAGCCUCGCUCCUUCACUGGCUGGUUCCAUACCUGGGACGAAAAGAUGUGGAACAAGGACAUUAACCAGCGCAUAAAUGACCUCAUCAAAAACUAGAAAAGCACAGCUGCAGUAACUUUCCGUAGUUAAAAAGAUUGAAACCUUUUGCAGGAUGUGGUGUGCUUGGAAAUGUGGUGUUGGUGGAGGUUCAGCUUGGACAUACAUUAAGCAUUACAAGAUAUCCCAUUUUACAACACACAUGUAGUCUGUACCUCUAAGGCUUGGUUAGUUAUUUAACUAA